AUGGAAGGAGAGCCAUGCAACACCAAUCUAACCCUCGGGCUAGGAGUGAUCCAUUCAGAUGUCGUCGACAUUGCCUCUCAAGAUUUGCGCCAGCGAGGGGUAGCAGGAAGACCGUCCUGCCUACAUCACAGCUUAUUCCCGCCCUCCGAUGUGGGUGAAAUAGAUCAGGAUCAGGAGAAAGACCAAGGCUUGUGGAGAUCGAGUCUGUCGACUGCAAGCGAAGACGAAGAUGAAGACAUCUCGAACACGGGACCCAGCGAGGCAGACGGAGGAAACAAGAAGAACAUCCGGCUAACCAGGGAGCAUUCAGCCGUGCUUGAACGUGUCUUCAGAACACAGAGCACCGUCACCACUGUACGGAGAAAAUUUAUGCGAAACAUCCGUUGUUUUCAUCGAGCACGAAGCAUCUCCUAACGUUACCUAAUACACGUUGUUUUCCAGAGCGUGAAGCAGGAACUAGCUGAUCGGCUAAAUCUUCAUCCUCGGCAAAUAGAAGUGUGGUUUCAGAACAAGAGAGCUAGGCAUGUUUCAAUAAACAUAGAACACGUAUCCAUGUUGAAGUGCAUGGUUUACUGUUGAUUUAGACUGUUACGAGGUUUUUUCCGUAGAGGAGAAUGUGUGGUCCACGAAUGACAAUGAUUCAAUUGAAACUUACAAGAAUUUUAGAGUUUGACUGUUGGCGUUUGAGCAGGAACAAACUGAAGCGGAUGGAGGUGAACUACGAGCUCAUGAAUAAAUGCUGCGAGAGCCUUACUUGCGAGAACCAGCAGUUGAAGGAGGAGUUGAAGAAGCUGAGGUCAAUGAUGACACCGUCCGUCUGUCCAUCCUGCCAGCGGCUGAAGGAGGAGCUCCACUGCUCCCUGCCAACAGAUCCCCACGUAAACGACGCUUAA